GAACCGACGACAUGACAAUGGACGGACCGUCUUCGUCUUCGUCUUCGUCUUCGCCUUCGCCUUCGCUGUAACUGGUCCAUUGAAGGGCGACUUCAAACUGCUAUCCUCCAGGGGAGACCAUGUCAAAGUCAUGGACGUCGACCUUGAGGCUGCCCAAGUCCCCAUUCCCUCCCAGACCUCUUCCACAGUUCCGAUCGGAAUAUCUACGACGAUGCACCGAUGACUUUUACAAAUGGCAACAGGCCAAUCGGUCGGCCGAUCAGUUUAUUCUUCACGACGGCCCUCCCUACGCCAAUGGCAGCCUCCAUGUCGGACACGCCCUCAAUAAGGUCCUCAAGGACAUGGUCAACAGGGUCAAGGUUCAGCAGGGCUAUCGCGUGCAGUACAGGCCGGGAUGGGAUUGCCACGGCCUGCCAAUCGAACUCAAGGCGUUGGGGGAGUCCCAGGGGAAGGACAUGACACCCGUCCAGGUCCGCCAGAGUGCCCGGGAGCUCGCCACAAAGACCCUCUUGGAACAGAUGAACAGCUUCCGCUCAUACGCCGUCAUGGCUGAUUGGGACGCCCGGUGGACUACCAUGGAUCCGGAUUUCGAGAUCCGCCAGCUGCGUCUGUUUCAGCAAAUGGUCCGCGACGGCUUGAUCUACCGCAAGCACAAGCCCGUAUACUGGUCCCCUUCGUCGAGGACGGCCUUAGCUGAGGCUGAGCUCGAGUACAAUGAGAACCACAUCUCCACCGCCGCAUAUAUCCGCUUCCCCGUCGCCGACGCGUCUGUACUCCACGAGAUACGGAACGCAAGGGGGAACCGUAAUGGGGGCAUGGGUACUUUAUACGCCAUCAUCUGGACCACUACGCCUUGGACGCUCCCCGCAAAUCGGGCGCUCGCCAUCCAUGACGACCUGGACUAUGACGUCGUCGGCAUUGGAGCCGAUGCCUACAUCGUGGCCCAGAGCCGGAGGGAGAUCCUUCACACCAUUUUCCCAGAUGCCCAGCUUGAAACGCUCACCUCGGUCAAAGGAUCCGACUUGAAGAAGCUUCAGUACUUCAGUAAGCUGCGAGGCACGGCGGCCCCUCUGCAGCCCGUUAUCCACGCCGAUUUUGUCUCUGCAGAUUCUGGCUCAGGCCUCGUCCACUGUGCUCCUGGUCACGGUUUCGAAGACUACGAAGCAUGUACUGCGCUGGGCAUCGAUGCCGCCGCUCCCAUCGACGACGAGGGUCAUUUCACCAAGGACGCCUUUCCCGACGCUCCCCAGAGGCUAACGCAGGCCUCGUCCAUCCUCAAGGGGGGAAGCAAGGCCGUGCUGAAGCUUCUAGAGGAGCACGCUGACGUCCUGUACUUGGAGAAGUACAAACACAAGUAUCCCUAUGACUGGCGGACCAAACAACCUGUCGUGAUUAGAGCGACCGCGCAGUGGUUUGCCGACGUGGACUGCAUCAAGGACAAGGCCCUCGAGGCGCUACGGAGCGUCAAGUUUAUCCCGGAGUCGGGCCGCAAGAGGCUGGAAAGCUUCAUUGUCGGCCGCAGCGAAUGGUGUAUAUCUCGCCAACGGGCCUGGGGGGUCCCCAUCCCUGCCUUAUACGACGCAGAGGGCAAUGCCGUGGUGACGGAUGAGUCGGUAGAUCACAUUGUCAAUGUCAUACAAGACCGUGGUAUCGACGCCUGGUUCUCCGACGCCCCCGAUGAGCCCGCUUGGAUAGCCCCCUCCCUCAAGGGCACCUACCGCCGCGGGAUGGACACCAUGGAUGUUUGGUUCGAUAGCGGGAGCAGCUGGACAUUGACGGAAGGCCAGGCUGAUGUCUACUUGGAGGGGUCCGACCAGCAUCGGGGAUGGUUCCAGUCGAGCCUACUCACCCACGUAGCCGCUCAGAAUACCUCCGCCGCCGCAUCUGCAUCUGGGGAUCCAGGGAAGAAGCUUGCCCCGCUCUCCCCCUUCAAAUCCCUCAUCACUCACGGGUUUACCCUCGACCAAAAGGGACAAAAGAUGUCUAAGUCUGUCGGCAACAUCGUCUCGCCCAACGAAAUCAUGAACGGCACCCUGUUGCCCCCCAUGAAACUGCGCGGCAAGGACAAGAAGGCGGCCACCGGCCCGACCUACGAUGCCCUCGGACCAGACGCCCUGCGCCUCUGGGUCGCCAGCUCCGAGUUCACCAAAGACGUGGCCAUCGGCGAGGCAGUCCUAAAGUCCGUUCACACGGUCCUGAUCCGGUAUCGGACCAUCAUGCGCAUGCUCCUCGGCUCCGUGCACAAGGAGGCACGCACGGCACCCUUGACGGUCCUUGACAGCAUCGCUCUCGUGCAACUCUCAAGUGUGAUGCGCGAGGUUGGCACCGCACUCGCAAGCCACGAAUUCUACAAGGCCAUCAGCGCCUUGAAUCGGUGGGUCGCCAACGACCUCUCUGCCUUCUACCUCGAGGCGUCCAAGGACCGGUUGUACUGCGGGGACGGCGGCGGCGUCUUGGAGCCCAUUUUCCAUGGCUUCUUGCGCAUGCUUGCCCCCAUGACUCCUGUCCUCGUGGAAGAGGCGUGGGAGCAUCGCCCGGAAUGGAUGGCCGCUGAUACGAGCCUCGUUCAUCCUCUCCACGCUUUGUACGACGCACCGCUAUUCGAUACGUCCCGCCUGCGCCUCGACGAGGAGACGAUCCGUAAAGACGUCCCGACUCUGAUGGCCGUCCAUUCGGCCGUCAAGGCAGCGCUCGAGCAAGCCCGCCUUGCCAAGGUCCUCGGCUCCUCUCUCCAGAGUGCCGUUGUCGUAUCGUGCUCGAACGCAUGCGUCAACGAGACACUGGCUCGGUAUGCAGACGAGCUGGAUGCCAUUUUCGUCGUCUCUUCCGUGGACCUAAAUGUACCUGUGCCUGAGGGCCCCGAAUGGUCCUAUGUGCAGGAGUUCGACGUCGACGGCGGUGGCGGUGGCGGUGGCGCGCAAAAGGGAGCCGUUACGGUGCUCCCGCCUCGGCAGCAUAAGUGUCCCCGGUGUUGGAGAUAUCUCGCCGUCGAGGAGGAUGCUCUCUGCCAGCGGUGUGAUGACACUGUUGCCGGGUUGUGA